CGCCCGACCCAAAGACGAAAGUUCGCGUUUUUAUUAUAUUAUAAUGCGAUUGUUUUUCCUGCAAGUUCUUACGUACGCAACACUCUCCGUGCCAAUUUUCUCUCGCUGAGUUGCAUUUUCCAGCAGAUCGGAGGGAGAAUGGAGCUCUCGUCUCGUCGGAUCAUCGGAGAACCCCAGGUCGCUUUCUACAUUGCUUUGCUCUCAAGUGCAUACCACAUUUACACGAAAUGCACGGAUGAAACUAAUCUUCCUUGCUUAAUUAUUCUACGUGGUGGUCUGCCAGUGCCUAGAGCAUAGUCAAUUUUCAGUUUUUGUUGGCUUGUUUCGAGAGAAGGUGUGGAAACGAUUAAAUUUUGUCUUUUUAGCCUAAAUUCGACGGUUCCUAGCUGAGGUACUGCCAUGGAAUGUAUUCAAAGUAUGUCUCAAGUGGCAGCUGGAAAUGAACUCGCUCAAAUGCCUCUGAUACCUGGGCUUCCUGAUGACGUCGCUCUUUCCUGCUUGGCAAGACUUCCACGGAAGUUCCACACAGUCUAAUGCGUGUCUAAGCGAUGGAGAGAUGUAGUUUGUAGUGAUGAGUGGUAUUCUUACAGGAGAAAGCAUAAACUUGAUGAAGCAUGGAUCUACGCUUUGUGUAGAGACAAACAUGAACGUAGUUUCUGUUAUGUGUUAGACCCCAAUUCCUCGCGAAGAUGUUGGAAGCACAUUCAAGGCAUUCCCCCACAAAUUUCAAAGCGAAAAGGCAGGGGAUUUGAAACGCUGGGGAAGAAGAUUUACUUUUUGGGAUGUUGUGGUUGGGUUGAAGAGCCUACUGAUGAAGUGUACUGCUAUGAUGUUUCUGCCAACACAUGGAAUGAAACUACUUCAUUGUCGAUUGCGAGGUGCUAUUUUGCUUGUGAAGUCUUGGAUGAGAAAAUUUAUGCAAUUGGGGGAGGUACAGAUCUUAGUGGUCCCAAUUCUUGGGACACUUAUGAUCCCAGCAUAAAUGGUUGGAUCUCUCACGUGGACCCUAACCUUGUUCCUGACAUAGAAGAUUCUGUGGUAUUGGAUGGGCAAAUAUAUAUCCGAUGCGGUGGUUCUUCACUUUUGUCUCAUGUCUAUGCCAUCGUGUAUGAACCAUCGAGGGGCUCGUGGCAACAUGUGGAUGCUGACAUUGCGUCUGGCUGGAAAGGUCCAGCAGUCGUCAUAGAUGGGACUCUUUAUGUGUUGGAUCAAAGUUCAGGACUAAGGCUGAUGAAGUGGCAGAAGGAAAGCAAGGAUUGGGUGGUGGUUAAGAGAUUGUCACAGCUAUUAACUCAACCUCCUUGCCGACUUGUUGCAAUUGGCAAGAGAUUAUUUGUCAUAGGGAAGGGGCUUAGCACGCUGGUGUUCGAUGUGGACCAGAGUGAAAACGCAGGAAGAAUAAUGGUGGGAUCUUCCAUAUCCAAGUUGACUUCUGAUUAUGAUGUAAUUAGCUGUAAAGUUGUAGCACUAUAAAGUUGCUCGGGCUCAUUUAAAUUCUUGUUGGAUUGUCAUUUGUGACCCCAAAGGCCCCCUUUUUUAUGAUGUUUGUGGUCAGUAAAUAUGUUGGGUUGUUCUUUCUGAGAAUGGACGCCGAAGAAGUGAAUGUAAAUUACUUUUGUAAAUAUGAACAAGGUUGUUCCUGCUACAUUAGUUGACAUUUUAGAGAAAUGGAUAGCGGUUUUUCUUUUCUACA